CGACUUUCGUUUCGAAGUCUACCGUGAAUUUGAUUUCCUUAUUAAAACAAUAAAACUGAAAUUACAUAGCAACUGAGUGUGCAUAAUCGACCAAACGCCAACAUGAAAAUCACACACUGCAGUUCACAUUAAUCAUUUUCCAUUUUUAUAUACAAAAAUAACAUGGAGCAAAUACCGGAAAUUUCAACACCCACAUCCGCAUCGGAGAAAUCUUGUGAAUUGCAAGGAUCAGAUCGUAGCAUAACCGGCAAUGCUAUAGCUGCCCAUCAGAAUUUAACAGUCAAAUUUCAAUUGAACGAUUUGCAUACCGUCGCCCAAGUCUAUUCGAAUCAAUUGAGUAUCGAGUCGGUGAAGAAAGAUGUUGGUGAAAAAUUCAAAGUAAGUCCGGAUUUUUUGAGCAUUCGUCAAGGCAGUUUUAGAGUACCGAAUUCGUGGAGACUGUUCGAAGUGGAAAGCAAUAGAUUCGGUAUUGUGGAAUUUCAACUGUCGCUGAAUCGGUUAGCUAAAGAAUUUAACGACAAUGUUGAGAGGCCGAACGAAAGGAUUCAUUUAGACGCCGAUGUAUAUUAUAGUCACUAUCAUUUGCCGGAUUUUUUCUCGGUGCACAUUCCGGGCGAUGAUACCGAAGAGGUAAGCUCAAAGCGUGUCAUUGUGGAGAUAAUAAGUAAACCAAUUGUCAAACCCUAUAUCGGAGGCUUUAAAACUAAGACAAAAGAAUACCAUGACGCGUUCACACAAACUGGACCAGUGUUCGAGGCAAUUAAAUGGAGCGGUAUUACCAGUCGUGAUUGCCAGGCUGGUCAAAGAAACCAAAGUCUCAUGACUAAAUCGGAUGAAGGUACUCAAAUGUUUGGCAAAGCAACUGAAACCAUUUUUGUGGAAAACCGAAACGAUGUUUUACUGACCCCUCGCAAAUUUGAGUCCCUCGAUGAGUUAUUGCAGAAUAAGAUCAACAAAGUUAAGGUGAUUCAACGGAAUGCUCGUCGCUACUUAUUGAAAAAAUUAGUUAAAAAAUAUGCUGCCGAAUGGAGGGAUCGAUGCCGUCGACAACCGGAAAUCGACAAAACUCGUUCUGAAAAUAUUUUAGAUCGCUUUCGUAGAGAAUGCAUCGUCAACACAUUUCCAAAAACCAGAGAAGAUUUUAAUCUUAUUUAUACACAGAUUCAGCGAUGGAAAGAAGCUGAGAUAAAACGUAUCAACCAAUUAUACGGAGGGGGUCAUCGAAUAGCUGAAUUGCACGUUCUUCUCGAUAAGGAAAUCCAGCUGUUUAAUGGUAUUGAACGACAGCGUAACAAACUUCGAAAACAUAUUUUAGAAGUGCAAACAGAGAAAAUGUUAGAACAAUUGGGUACACCUACAAAAUGGAUCGGAUACAAAGAUCUUAUAAUUGAAAUGGACUCGUUAAGUCAUCAGAAGAUUAGAAAAUUGACCGAUUUCUACAGAAAAAUGAAAAUUCCAAUGAAGAAGGGUAAGCGAAUGGAAUAUAUUGAUGAACUACUGGUCGUGUUACAGAAUGAAACGCAAUGCGCCGAGUUAAUUGAUAUGUUAAAACGCGAGCGAAACAUUUUGGCAACGAACGUAGACGAUAAUUCGCUAGAAAGUUUACGAGCACGUCAAUUAGCACUAUUGAUCCACUUUAUGCAAUCGAAAAAAUUCAAAUUGGACGAAGUUGCAAGCGACAGGAAGAUGUGUAGAAAAUGUACAAUGGUAAAGAGUAUCGACGAUUUUCAAUUGUAUGUUCGACAGAAUGAAUUAGACAUAUGCAAAGCGUGUAAUAUGAUGAAAAAGGUAUCUUCAAUUGAUGAUUCAAUCUACCGUUCUAUACUGCGAGCAAUUAGACGUGACGAGCAGCUCAGAUGCGCUAAAAGUUCAUACGCAUUUAUAGUACAGGAGGAAGAUGUACGAGAAAUUAUCGAAAACAUUUGGCAUGGCCAUUCCAUACUCAGUCAAUGUGAUGUUAGAAAGCAACUUCGCUUGCCACGUUGGGACGUAGCGAAAGAAUGGUCGCCAUGGAAUUGCAUACUACUGACCGAUGAUGAAGCUCGAUCACAUGCGCGUAUAACCGAUUUGAGAAGCAUUUACGGUGAAGCACUGAUGAAGAACAUACGAAACAAGCACCACAUUGGCAUGGUGAAUUUUAGCAAACUUCGCGAUAUGAAUUGACGAACACAAAUUGACGAGAAAUUUGGGGUUGAACUUUAGUUGUAUUAGUCAAGUGUAUUAAAUUGAACGAAAAACAAAAACAGAAUUUCGGAUGGUACUAAUUUAGCCAACAAAAUCGUUUUAAUUUUC